GCCAUCUGUGUUCCUUUCCCACAGCAAACACAAGCAGUCAACCGGUGUGGAACCAACUGACAUUACCUGCUCUAUCUGGUAGCACUGACAGUAGAAAGAGGAGGAAUCAUGGACACGCUAUAUGAGUGGUUCUGGUGGGACAGAAUCUGGCUGCCUGAGGGCCUGACAUGGGCUGACCUGGAAGACAAGGAAGGUCGAGUUUAUGCCAGAGCCUCUCAUCUUUACGUCACUGUUCCCUACGCCUUCGUCUUGCUCAUCAGAUACCUGUUUGAAAGGUGGAUAGCAACAGCUCUCGCACUCUCUGUUGGAAUUAAGCAGAGAGUCCAUGUAAAGCCUGAGGACAACCCCGUCCUGGAGCUCUACUACACUACUCAGGGUAGAAAUCCUGCUUCGGCAGACAUCGAUGGGCUCUCUAAGAAAAGCAGUUUGUCGGUGAGACAAGUGGAGCGCUGGUUCAGAAGAAGACGCAGACAGGACUCGCCUGGAGUUCUAAAGAAAUUCAGAGAGGCCAGCUGGAGGUUUGUCUUCUACUUGUCUGCAUUCAUUGGAGGAAUAGUAGCGUUGUAUGAUAAAGAAUGGCUUUAUGACACAAAGGAAGUAUGGACAGAUUUUCCCAAGCAGUCCAUGCUGGAGUCCCAGUACUGGUAUUACAUGUUGGAGAUGAGUUUCUAUGGCUGCCUGCUCUUCAGUGUUGCAUUUGACGUAAAAAGAAAGGACUUUAAGGAGCAAAUCAUCCACCACUUGGCCACACUAGUCCUCUUAUCAUUUUCCUGGUGCGUCAACUACAUUCGUGUAGGAACGUUGGUCAUGCUUGUCCAUGAUGCUUCUGAUGUUUUACUGGAGUCUGCCAAAUUAUUCAACUACGCUAAAUGGGAGAAAACUUGCCAAGCACUUUUUGUGUUGUUUGCCAUUGUGUUUCUGAUAACACGACUGGUCAUCUUUCCAUUUUGGUUAAUCCACUGCACCUGGGUGUACCCUGUGCACCACUACCCAGCCUUCUUCGGCUACUACUUUUUCAAUGUGAUGCUGGUCCUCCUUCUCUGUCUUCACAUAUUCUGGGCCUACCUCAUUCUCCGCAUGGUCAAGAAAUUCAUGUUUGGCACUCUAACUCGAGAUGAGAGAAGUGACAAUGAAGAGGAAGAAGGGGAAGAGAGCAGCCCAACGGAGGAUGAAGGUGAACAACAAAACAAGCCUGUCAAUGGACUGUCAGCUAAUGAGAAGGAUGACAAGAAUGGCAGCUUUGGAUGCAUGUCUCCACCAGAGAACAUCUGUUGGUCAAAGACUGUGUACUGACUCAUGCUCACUAUAAUCAAUAGAGAUAGAUAUGUGGCAGACAGUACAGUGGUAAAUACAUUUCAAUUGAUUUAGACCUAUUUAUUAUUUUGUUAAAAACUGGAACUCAACUUAACCCAAAUUAAGGCUUGCUGCCUUCACACUGAAUUGUUCACAUGUACAGAGAUUUAUAGAUUUUUUUUUUUGCCUCUGUUGUUGUCAUCAUUGUUGACAGGUCUGAUCUAACUUACAUUACGGAUUCCAUGUAGAAAUAAUACAUGGGCAACUUAGGUAGUAGGUAGCCCCAGGUUGAGAGGAGUGGAUUAGUAAUCAGACGAUUGCUGGUUUGAGACCAGCAAUUGUCUGGCAUCUUCUCAUUUGAGUGGUGAUGCCAGUAUCUGGCAGAAGUGUUUUUGUAUGAUCCCUGGUAGAAAUAAGCAUAGAAAAUGGAGAAAAAAAUUAAACUGAGCAAACCUUUAGAACAUUAAUUUGUUCCGAUACAUACUUGACUGUUUAUGGUUUUACUUGCUUUGCAUACACAGAAGACACUCUGGAGCAGGCAACUUUAGGUGUGGACUGUGGUCUGCCCACCCAUUUACAAGUUGGAAAUGGUACAGCCCAGAGGUCCUUGGUUUAACCCUUUGCUGUGCAGUGUGGGUCAGGAGAUACCCAUUCUCCAUUGGAUUUGGGUCACAUUUGACCCAUGUUGCACAUCAAAGAGUUAAAUCUUAGCCUGGGAUCUUUCUAUGUGCAUGUUCUCCCUGUGCACCAAAGGUUCUCACAGAGUUCUCCGGCUUCCUCCCAUAGUCCAACCACAUGUUAAGGUUAAUUACCCAUCCAUCCAUUCUCUAUACACCGCUUUAUCCUCACUAGGGUCGCGGGGGGUGCUGGAGCCUAUCUCAGGUGACUCGGGCGAAGGCAGGGGACACCCUGGACAGGUCGCCAGUCUGUCACAGGGCUACAUAUACAGACAAACAAUCACACUCACAUUCACACCUACGGGCAAUUUAGAAUAAUCAAUUAACCUCAGCAUAUUUUGACUGUGGGAGGAAGCUGGAGUACCCGGAGAAAACCCACGCAUGCACAGAAAGACCCCAGGCCCAGGCCGGGAUUUGAACCGGGGAUCUUCUUGCUGCAAGGCGAAAGUGCUGACCACUACCCCACUGUGCAGCCCAUGUUAAGGUUAAGGUUAAUUAGUGAUUCUAAAGUAUCUGUAGGUGUGAAUGUGAGUGUUUGUCUCUGUUUGUGAAUUGCACUGUCGAAUGGUACUCCAACACCAUGGUCAUUUAGAUUACUGUCAGUUGGGAUAGGGUUAGAUAGGUGAGGGCUGUGCUGCUGUACUCACCUUCAUGCACUUUGAAAAUGUGUACAAAAGGUUGUACACUGCCCAAGUGUGUCCUUUCAUGACAAAUCACACAAUUAAAAAUGUUGAUAUUUGUAUUAAGGCUAAUUUCCUCCUCCCUUUUACUAAAACCAGCAAGUUUCAGUGGAACAAUUGGAGCUGUUCUGGGAUUUUGGGUAAUUUUAGUUUUGUUAACAAAUGUUUUAUGACAAGAGAAAUGAUAUACUAUCGGAUUGAUCACUGUUUGUCUUUGCAUUUUUAUAAAUUUCUAUGAAAGUGAUACUAGAAUUGUCAGAUUCUGUUCAAAAUGAAGAAAAACAAAGAAUUUAAUAUCAAUUAUA